AGAGGAGGGGGGAGGGAAGAGGCCGCAGAAGCCCGAGCCUUGACCGACGGGCAGGCGGGGGCUGCGGCGGCGCCGCGCCGGCGCCCCCCCAUGCGCCAGGCGGCCGGACGGCGGCGUCGGGGGGCGCCAUGGCCUCGGCGGCGGCGGGCGAAGCGGAAGAGACCACCCGGCUGCGCAAGCCGCGCUUUUCCUUUGAGGAGAACCAGAUCCUGAUCCGUGAGGUGCGCGCCCACUACCCACAGCUCUACGGCGCGCAGAGCCGUCGGGUGAGCGUGGCCGAGCGGCGGCGUGUGUGGGACGGCAUCGCCGCCAAGAUCAACGGCAUCACCAGCUGGAAGCGCACUGGCCAAGAGGUGCAGAAGCGCUGGAAUGACUUCAAGCGCCGCACCAAGGAGAAGCUGGCCCGCGUGCCGCACUCCACGCAGGGCGCCGGGCCUGCCGCCGAGGACGCCUUCUCCGCGGAGGAGGAGACCAUUUUUGCCAUCCUGGGGCCGGGAGUGGCGGCACCGGGAGCUGGUGCGGGAGCCGAGCAGCCCUCGGUGGCCGCUUCCUCGCAGCCGUCAGCCGCAAGUGCGGGCACCCAACGCUACGUCUUGUCCGAGGACCGCAGGGAAGACCGACGGGCAGAUACACCAGCCCACAGCAAGGGGGGCUCCAGCAGCCCCGAGCAGUGGGCCCGGCCCUCCUGCAGCCCCCAGGAAGGGGGCUGCCCGCCACCCAAGGAGCGUGAGUCCCCGCCCCCUCCGGCCCUGCAGACCGUGCAGCUGCCGCGCCUGGCCUUGUCUCCUCCGCCCCCGGCCCCUCCACCGCCACCACCCCAGCCGCCUCAGCAGGUCCACGUGGCACCCUCGUCCCCCAGCCCACCACCUCCUCCACUGCCACCACCCACGCCCUCGGCCCCCGACCCCUCCCUGGACUUCCUGCGGGCCCAGCAGGAGACGGCCAACGCCAUCCGGGAGCUGGCUGGCACCCUUCAGCAGGGACUGGCCAAACUGAGCGAGGCCCUCAGCGCCCUACUGCCCCUUCUGCCCGGAACCGCCGUCGACAGGCUGCCCCCGCCUCUGCCCCCGCCCCCGCCCCCGCCCCCACCCCCCAGGCCCCUCUUGCCCCCGCCUACCCCGAAAGCGGAGAUCACCCCAGAGCCCGUGUCCGUGGUGGCUGCUGUGGUGGACGGAGCGGUGGUAGCAGCCAGGGGGGUGAUCAUCGCCCCUAGGAGCGAGGAGGCGGGGGCCCCCCGGCCUCCCCCGGCUCCCCUUCCUCCCCACGACUCACCCCCACACAAGAGGAGGAAAGGUUUCCCUACACGGAAGAGGCGGGGGCGUUGGAAAUCUCCCUGAAAUCUGCCGUUGGGUUCGAGCUCCUUCUGCCUGUACCUCCUCCCCACCCCCACCCCCAGCUUAGCCCAGUGGAGGAGGGCGACGCACCUUCCCCAUCUCGGCUGCACCCUGGCUCCCUGCUGCGGGGGGCGCGAGCACCCCACUCCCUAUACUAGUUAGUGCCUGAUUCUCAGGGGGGCUUGUUGAUGGGUCCCCCACCCCUUUCUCCAGUACAGCGCUGCCUGCCUGGCUGCUUCCCUGAACCCUAACUUCUAAGCCAUCAAUUUCACGUUAUUUAUUAUUGCCCUUUGUGGGUUGCGGAGAGAACCUCUCGGGUCUGCACAUGCGCCCCCCUUCCCUAACAGCUCCUGGUCUUGACUUGAAGAGAAUUGACCCGUAGGGGCCUCCUCACCUCCCCAGUCCAGACUUUGGAGGAGGUGGGAGUCGCAAGACAAAUCAGAAUAUGGAUGACAAAGGAUAUAGCAGUCUGUACCCUAGGGAGAGGGGGGCAGAGUUCUCACUGGGGAGAUACAGGUUGGGCCCUCUGCCUCCCACCGUCUCUGACUUCCAGAGCUCAACCCCCUCAUUUCUCCCCAGUGGUGACAAGAUAUGAAUAAACUUAUUUUUAAUACAA